GAAAACACUUUUACCCUUAUCAGGGCAACAUUAAUGGAUAAAUGUUGAGUAAACAUUGUUGGAAUAUUCAUUUUAUGCAAUAUGUUUCAUGUCACGUCCAUGCUUUUAUAAAAUUCUGUAAAGCUACUUGGGUAAACGCGCCAGUAAUGUAAAAUAUAAAAGCAUUUUGUGAUUAUAAUUAUUUGAAUUUUCUAUUUCAAGCAGCAUCUACCAAAUCUCGGCUUCCUAAGGUGAGCAACGCCCCGAGGAAAACCUUUCCAAGGAAACAAUCAUCUUCCGUGGCGGUAAAUCUUGGCUAUCGAAGCUGGACAGCCCUUCAAGAAUUGCUGUUCCCGAUAGAAAUGAAAAACUCCACAAGCGACACCACCAUCAACUUCUUUUUGGAGUUUAAGCGAGGAAGAUAAAACAAACACACAAGCUCAAAUCAAUAUGAGAGGCCUCGACAGGAAAAACAAAGGCUGCGGAUGUGAACAGUGUAUGUUUGCUUACUGGAGAGGAAAACAAAGGCUGCGGAUGUGAACAGUGAAAGGUCCCCUAGGGGAAAACAGCUGGCUGCAAAGAUGAUGAGAGCUGACAGUUCACUCCAGCCAGGGCAGGCAAACUCCAGCUCCACCUCUAGCUCUAGCCCGGAGCCUCUGCAGCUAACCCCAAGCCCUGAGCCCCUGCCUCCUACCACAUUGAGAACAUCUGCAUGGCUGGAAGCAAGAGAGGGGUACGCUGCAGCGAUGAGCAACGCUUGCGAUCAUCACAGUAUGAAACAAGUUGUUUCAUACUGUGAUGAUGUGCUCAUCCUGCCAGCCACGGAACAGGAGCCACCGGUCCACAGGGUACUUGAGCCCGUACCCGGGACAUCGAGAAUCUCUAGCCCCCAACAACGAACUGAAGCGAGUGCAAAAUGCAGCUCUAUCCAGAAUGGAGGAGCAGUUUGGGGUUUUAAGAAGACCAUUCGAGAAGUACACCAACUGUUGCAUCAGCAUGAUGAUAGUGAAGAAAUGAUUACAGCCAGAUCACACCUCUGCGAGGAAGAGGAGGUUUGAACGUAUGAAGAGGAAAUUUCCAUCAACACGACCAUCCUUCCCUGUCAGUUUUGGGGCCUUGUGUGACAAAUUAAAAUGGCAUGAUGGGGCAUCUGUACCUUUAGGCCCUAUAUCUUGUUGUUACAUGUAAUAGAUUAAAAUAUUGUAAUACAUUUUUUGAACGUAAA